AUUUCAAAACAAAGAAAAGAAUAAAAUUUUGUUUUCUAUCAAAUAUUUUUCAUUUUGAAAAGAAGGGCUCAAAAAUCGAAUAUUCUUUCUUUAAUUAGUGUAAUUAAUUCAAAAAAAGAACGUGCACCCGAAUACAUAUAUAUACAAGUGGCUAACGCUAAAGAUUUCUUAAAACUGCAGCACUAUUUUCGCAAGGAUAAUAGUUCAAAGCGCACCGACAAAGAUUUUCAAAGGCCCAAAAAUGUCUGAUACAAGCUCGGAAAAUCCACCGGAAGCGAAGUCAAGUGUAAGAAUAUCACAACAUUCGGCUAAAUCCACAGAUAACAUGUCGACCGAUUCAAAACAGCGCAUCCAGGUGCCCGAAGCGUUGCGUGAGGUGCUGUUGGAGUUCUCAAUCGCAUAUCUACUCGAACAGCCUGGCGAUGUUGUGGACUAUGCAGUACAGUAUUUUAAUAAAUUGCAAUCAAAUCGUCAGGCAGCUGCAAAUUUCUAUCGCCCAGAUUCGCCAGAGAGCAGUAUCAUGUCACAAGAGGAAGAGCCAGUACGCCGUUUCACCACGCGCCGCAAAUCAGUCUUUGCCGAGGCAUAUGAUCCAGAGAAUGAUGCCGACGAUGAUGAGGCCGAACGCAAGGUCUAUCCCAAAUCAGAUGAGCAACGUGCACGUCUAACCGAAUCGGUGAAGAAUGUAUUGUUAUUCCGUUCAUUGGACGAUGAACAGAUGAAUCAAGUAUUGGACGCCAUGUUUGAGAAGCGAGUCCAACCAGAUGAAUUCAUCAUACGCCAGGGUGAUGAUGGUGAUAAUUUCUAUGUUAUUGAAUCUGGUGUUUACAAAGUAAUUUGUAAUGGCGAUCAUAUUUCUACUUAUGACAACAGUGGAAUAUUCGGUGAAUUGGCGUUGCUCUACAAUGUACCAAGAGCCGCCUCCAUACAGGCUGUUACAGAGGGUCUACUCUGGGCUAUGGAUCGUCAAACGUUCCGUCGCAUUCUAUUGAAAUCUGCUUUCAAAAAGCGAAAAAUGUACGAAACACUAUUGGACAGUGUGCCAAUGUUGAAGGCGUUGAAGUCCUAUGAACGCAUGAAUUUGGCUGAUGCAUUAGUUACCAAACACUUUUCCAGCAAUGACAGAAUCAUUAAACAAGGCGAUGUUGCCGAUGGUAUGUAUUUCAUAGAAGAUGGCAGUGUUGUGGUGAAAAUGGACCAAGAUGGACGUGAGAUUGAGAUUUCUCGAUUAGGUAAAGGUCAAUAUUUUGGUGAAUUGGCUUUGGUUACACACCGACCACGCGCCGCUUCCGUCUAUGCCGAUGGAGAUAUUAAAGUUGCAUUUUUGGAGGUGCGAGCAUUCGAACGUUUACUGGGUCCAUGCAUGGAGAUCAUGAAACGCAAUAUCGACGACUAUGAGACGCAGCUGAUUAAAAUCUUUGGCACUAAAAACAAUAUUAGCGAUACACGAUAAAAAGUCUGAGUUUCAAAAAAAAAAAGAAAUAUUUAAAGCACACCCACACCAAACACACACAUAUAUACAUAAAUAUACAUGCAUACGGGUGCAUAUGUGCACGCACACAUACAUAUACAUAAAUGUGUAAGAAGAAAAGUUAAAAGAAAAAACUAAAUUUAUGAACAAAAAAAUAACAACAACCAUAAGGGCAUACAUAUAUACACAUACAUACACACAUAGGUGCAAAUGUGUGUCGCAUGGCAGGACUGUGAAGGAAAUACAACUUUAAUUUUUAAAAAUAAUAAUAAUUUCAUUAAAACUCAGCUCAAACCAUAAAAGCAGCCGAUUCCCAUUAAUUAAAUACACAUAUAUACAUAUGUAUGUGCAUUUGUAGCCAUUAGCAGCGAGAGUAAUAACGACGACGGCAACAAAUGCAACAAAAUUAAUGAAAAGGAAAGGCAAAGGAUGUUUAAAUAGACCAAAAAAAAAAUAAAUAAAAC